GCAGACGGGAAUAGUACUACGAAAGGAGGACUCGGGUUUCCCGCAAUCCGCAUCCAUCUGGGAGACACAAUGAGCGGGGGUACUCCGUACAUCGGUAGCAAGAUCAGCCUGAUCUCAAAGGCUGAAAUCCGUUAUGAAGGCAUCCUAUAUACUAUCGACACCGAAAACUCUACCGUAGCUCUCGCCAAAGUACGAUCCUUUGGAACAGAGGACAGGCCGACUGACCGACCCAUACCUCCCCGGGAUGAAAUAUUUGAAUAUAUUAUUUUCAGAGGAAGUGAUAUUAAAGAUCUGACCGUCUGUGAGCCACCCAAACCUCAGUGUUCUCUGCCUCAGGACCCUGCCAUUGUACAGUCUUCAUUAGGGUCCUCCUCCGCUUCCUCGUUCCAGUCUGUGAGCUCUUAUGGACCAUUUGGCAGAAUGCCUGCAUACAGUCAGUUUAACACGGGUCCUCUUGUGGGGCCGCAGUUUGGUGCCGUUGGUGUUGGUAGCUCUCUGACAUCUUUUGGAGCUGAAACAACAAGCAGCACAUCUCUGCCACCAAGCAGCGCUGUUGGAACCUCUUUCACACAGGAGGCAAGAACUUUAAAAACGCAGUCAUCCCAAGGUCAAUCCAGUUCCCCGUUAGAUUCCUUAAGAAAGAGCCCAAACAUUGAACAAGCUGUGCAGACUGCAGCAGCUCCUCACGCCCCAUCCACAGCUACUGUAGGCAGAAGAAGCCCGGUUCUUUCCAGACCUGUGCCAUCCUCCAUCCAAAAGACAGCUGAGAGUCCCGAACAAAGGAAAGGUGAACUACACAAAAUGCAGAGACCAGACAUUGAUCAGCUCAAAAACGAUAAAAAUGACCCGAGCAAGAGACAACCAGUUUUAAGUGCUCUUCAGCCCAGGAGAGGUCGGGGUGGAAAUCGAGGUGGUCGUGGAAGAUUUGGAGUUAGAAGAGACGGACCUAUGAAAUUUGAAAAAGAUUUUGACUUUGAAAGUGCUAAUGCACAGUUUAACAAAGAGGAAAUUGACAGAGAAUUUCAUAAUAAACUGAAAAUAAAAGAUGAUAAACCCGAAAAGCCAGUAAAUGGAGAGGAUAAAACUGAUUCUGUGGUUGACACACAGAACAGUGAAGGCAAUGUAGAGGAGGAGGAGGUCUUGGCUGGUGGAGUUUGCUACUAUGAUAAAACCAAAUCUUUCUUUGAUAACAUCUCCUGUGAUGACAAUAGGGAUAGAAGACAGACCUGGGCAGAAGAAAGGAGAAUUAAUGUUGAAACAUUCGGCCUUCCACUCCGUUCAAACAGAGGGCGUGGUGGUUUCCGAGGGAGAGGUGGGGGUAUGGGCUUCCGUGGAGGCAGAGGCCGUGGCGGAGAGAGGAGAGGUGCACCAGGAGGUGGUGGCUUUGGACCUGCUCGGGGUUUCCGUGGUGGUUUCAGAGGAGGCAGAGGUGGUAGGGAAUUUGCAGACUAUGAAUACAGGAAAGACAACAAAGUGGCAGCCUAGUGAAGGAUGAAGGAGUGUCAACGUGGAUUUUGUAAUCCUUUGCGGUCCAUAGAACUUGUUUUCAGUCUUGUGAAGAAUGACAUUUAUCUUGCUGUACAUUUUGUCACCAGCACUGGGGGUUUUACUCCGAGAAAGUUUCAGGGUCCUUCUGUUCAUUUGUUACUUCUGCACAAUGGAUCCCUGUAACACUAAAGGGUUGUAGAAUGGGGCGUUGCUCAGUUUGUUCUGUAUCUAUUUUCUUUUCUUUUUUUUUUUCAUUUUUGAAAAAAGUCCAUCUUUGAAGAUAAAAAAAAAUUUGAGAUAGUAGAAUUAAUUUUCUGAAUUAGAAAACUGAUUUUUGCUAUGUAUAGCUGAACAAAAUACAAAUAAGCAGUACUUUGCAA